CCAACUGCAUCGUCACACUACCCAACAUUACUGCAGUUCAGUUCAGUGCCUACUCUACUUAGUGCCUCGUCUCCACAAUCAGUUAUUCACUCGUGUGCGAAUAUGUUUUUCUUAAACUUUAUCGUUUUUCUAUUCUGUAUUGUUACUGUCUCCAGCAAGGCAGAAAAAUGGUACUCAGCGGCAAUCAUCGACAGGAGAAACACCCAACACAAUUCGUCCAAUCCGGAAUUCCGAACCAACUAUAUCCAAAAUAAUGAACAUCCAUUCUUGCCGCUAAUGUUAAUCGAUCCCAAAAAGUUGAACGAUAGACGUACCAAUUUUUAUUCCGCACAAAUUUUUAAUAUGAAAAGUGGUAAUAGUUCUUCGGAAUCUGAUAGCAUAUCUUUAAAUUACAACAAUACAUUUGAGAAUAUGAACGUAUUAAAUAGAGUGCGUCCUAAAAGAACAAAAAUACGUAAGAGGUGUCCUGUGGCUAGGCCGAGACAAAUGAAACAGCUAAACACGAAACAGAAAGCUAAGACAAGAUUUCUGGAAGUUUUCCAGGUGGUAGAAUUUGAUCAUGUUUCUUGUACAUCCAGUAGUGGUCUCGAAGGUACGUGUUUGCCAGAGUCUGGGUGCAUUGACUCUGGCGGUUCUACAAUGGGGACUUGUGCAGAUGGCUAUGGAACUUGUUGCGUGACUCAAUUCCUAUGUGAUGGGCGUUCAGAUGCAGACUCUGGCUGGUUCACUAACCCUGACUUUCCGUCACCAAGCACUGACAGGCUGUCUUGUACUUUUGUAUUGGAUAAAGCCUCUGAAGAUAUUACUCAGAUACGAUUGGAUUUUAAUAAUUUUGAGCUCCUUCCACCAACAGAUGGUUCGUGUCAGGAUGAUCAGUUCAUUGUUUCCGGACAAAACGUUAAUAAUGUAAUACCGAUUCUUUGCGGGAUCAAUUCUGGUCAACACGUUUACAUUGAAGUGGGGGAAGUGGACGGUCCUAUUAAUUUUACCUUCCAAACAGUUUCUUCAGAUAGCAGGCUGUUUUCAAUUAAGGUAACACAACUAACACCAUCAGAUGAGCUGGCCGCUCCAACGGGAUGUUUGCAAUACUACACAGAUACUCAAGGUUACUUUGAAUCCUUUAACUAUCGAGAUAAAUCUGACAUCGUCAUCGCAAGGACACCAAAUUAUUUAAACAAUCUAAAUUACGCUAUGUGCAUCGAGCGGAAAGCAGAAACAUGCAGUGUCACGUACACCAACACUGGUAACAUGCAGAUAGUUAACUACGACACGGAUGGGCUGCCAGUGAUCCCGCCAGAUCAAGCUGGAGUGGAGAUCCUGAAUUGUCCCAGCGACUGGCUGCUAAUAGCUGCAACCAGGCUCUGUGGAGAUCGUCUCAAUGACGGAUCUGUGUUUCAAGACUUCACUGUUAAUGCUCCUGUCACAGACAAUGGCGCUGGCCCUAUUGUUGUCUGGUUUCGUUCGGACGAAUCGUACGUUGGUGUGGGAUUUAAACUUAUGUAUCAACAGAAUUCAUGUAAUGCUUAAUACAUAAUUAUGUACAUAAUGGGUAGGUACAACAAUAAAGUAUUAUGAUAGGUCUAUGAAUAAAACAGACUAGAAAUUAUGGGCAAACAUUUAUUGUAUAAAAAAUUUGAGUGCUUAUUCCAAAAAAGUAAAUCAAGACUGUUAAAAUUAAAAAAAUAUUUAGAAAAAUUAUAAAUAUUGAACACAUCAAUAUACUGCUAUCUUUUCACACAGGCGAGGAAUGUAUCAAAAAUAUAAACUGUAAAAAAUACUGUCCAUAUGAUAUUAGUACUUGGUAUUUAUUUUUUAAAUGAAAGGUAUCAACAUAAUAAUUGUGCAGUAACAUUAUCUAACAACAAUAAGGCAAUGUUUUACGAAAUAAUUGUUCUUGUCAUUGCAUAAGAGAUGACGACUAUAAUGAAAUGAUGAAGCCAAAGUUAAAAUAAUUAAUUACAUACCUAAAAUACGCAAAAAAGAGAAACCAAUGAAAUCCAAAAACCAUUAACAUAUCUUGAUAUUUGAUAGUUUAGUUGGAAAGAGAAAGAGUGCCAACAACUUGGUUGUCUUGGUCUUGGGUCCGAAAACCAAUUUGUACCAAAACCAAUUUUUUUUUAAACUUGACAUUCAAUUAUUUUCUUAUUAUGUAAUAAAAUAAAUACAAUAAAAAUAUUACUAAUACAUACAACAAAUCGUACAUGAUACUUAAUUUAUAUGAAGAGACAGCAAGAACACUGCAUUUGUCAAAUAGAAUUACCAGAAAUUGAAUAAGUACUUACAUUAUAUAAUUAAAAC